GUUUGGCAAUGAUUCUUGCAGGGUGGGCGUUUCGAACACAGUGGACUUUUCUUCCUCUUUCUUUUCCCUAAACAUUAUUCCCCGUACACGUAUCUGCAAGCAUCAUGCUCGCGUCGAAUAUCAGAGUCAGAACUCUGGCAUCAUGGCGACAAGCUCAGUUGAACAAUACACGUCUUCUUGUUACCCCGCACCGUUAUAAUUCCGACGAUGCCCUCAACAGAAUCUCCUCGAAAAUAACACAACCCAAAUCACAGGGUGCCUCACAAGCAAUGCUGUAUGCGGCCGGCCUAACAGAGGAGGACAUGUCGAAGCCGCAGGUCGGUAUCUCCUCUGUGUGGUUCGAGGGUAACCCAUGUAACAUGCACCUGCACGACCUUUCCGGGAUCGUGCGCAAUUCCGUCCACCGGGCGGGUCUGGUCCCUAUGCGAUUCAACUCGGUCGGCGUGUCCGAUGGGAUCAGUAUGGGCACAAAAGGAAUGCGAUACAGCUUGCAGAGUCGUGAGAUUAUUGCUGAUGGCAUUGAGACUGUGAUGAAUGCGCAGUGGUAUGAUGCGAACGUGUCACUGCCGGGUUGCGAUAAGAAUAUGCCUGGUGUGUUAAUGGCGAUGGGACGCACGAAUCGGCCUAGUAUCAUGGUCUAUGGUGGUAGUAUUAAGCCCGGAUGCAGUGCAAAGGGCCAAAAGUUGGACCUGGUCAGUGCGUUCCAGGCGUAUGGGCAGUAUAUCACGGAGCAGAUCGACGAGGCAGAGCGGUUCGAUAUCAUUCGCAAUGCAUGCCCCGGCAGAGGUGCCUGUGGUGGUAUGUACACGGCCAAUACGCUGGCGACGGCCAUUGAGACUAUGGGUAUGACAGUUCCCGGUAGCAGUAGUUGUCCGGCAGACGAUCCCAGGAAACUGGUCGAAUGUGAGAACAUCGGCGAGGUGGUCAAGAAUAUGCUCAAAGAGGAUAUUAAGCCCAGGGAUGUCAUGACACGUCAAGCAUUUGAAAAUGCAAUGAUUGUGGUGAACAUCUUGGGUGGCAGCACAAACGCUGUCCUGCAUUUGAUUGCUAUUGCUGACUCUGUCGGUAUCAAGUUGACUAUCGAUGACUUCCAAGCAGUGUCCGACAAGACACCGUUCCUAGCUGACUUGAAGCCAUCUGGAAAAUAUGUUAUGCACGAUCUAUAUAACAUUGGGGGUACACCAGCCCUCCUCAGAUACCUUCUGAAGGAGGACCUGAUUGACGGCUCAGGAAUCACUAUCACCGGCAAAACAAUGAAGGAUAAUGUAGCCUCGUGGCCCGACUUUCCUGCUGACCAGGACAUCAUUCGACCCCUGAGCAAACCCAUCAAACCAUCCGGUCAUCUCCAGGUUCUCCGCGGAUCACUGGCUCCUGGCGGUUCCGUGGGUAAGAUUACUGGCAAGGAAGGUCUGCGGUUCGAGGGCAUAGCCAAAUGCUACGACUGCGAAGAAGCAUUUAUCGACUCUCUUGAGCGGGGCGAGAUUAAGAAGGGCGAGAAGACGGUCAUUAUCAUCCGCUACGAAGGUCCAAAGGGUGGUCCGGGAAUGCCUGAGAUGCUUAAGCCCAGCGCGGCUAUUAUGGGUGCCGGUCUUGGCCAGGAUGUCGCGCUGCUCACAGAUGGGAGAUUCUCUGGUGGUAGCCACGGAUUCUUGAUCGGACAUAUCGUGCCUGAAGCCAUGGAGGGCGGCCCGAUUGCGCUGGCCCGAGACGGUGAUAGGAUCGUGAUUGAUGCUGAGGCAAGGGUGGUUGAUCUGGAGGUCCAGCCUGAAGAGCUCGAUAAGAGAAGGAAGGAGUGGAAAGCACCUCCAUUCAGAUACCAGAAGGGAACCUUGAAGAAGUAUUCUGCCCUGGUCAGCGAUGCCAGCCAUGGUUGUGUGACGGAUGGACCAAUCUAGAUAUCUCGCUAGCCAGAAGCCGUGAUGGCAUUAAAAAGUAUAUAAUGCAUUAUAUACUU